CUUAAAGCAAUAGGAGCCUGCAUUGGCUAAAGAAUUGCGAUGCGCGUUAUUUUAUGACAGGGAGGGGCAAAGUGGUGCAUCUGCUUUGGUGUUGAGUAUCUGGUGUUAACCAUAACUAGUUGAACGAAUAAAUGGUAUUAUAAAUGAUAUUAUAAUACUAUCAGACUAUCGAAGACAGUCAAAAACGCCUUUUGAAAUAAUCUCCAGUCUGGAAGAGGCUACUUCACAACCUGGUGCCAGUGCUCCGUUUGCUCUCCCACUCGCAAAACAGGGAUCCCCGGGGUGUACCUGACUUAAUGACGGAGGUGGAGCUGGCUUGAGUGUGAGAGGCGAUUAGACCAACCAGGACUUAUAAAUGCCUUGUAAGCCUAUCAGUAAACUGCAAGUUGCGCGUCACACAAUUUACACCCCCAACAAGGGGAUUCAAUUGUACAGCCAGUCGCGAUAACUUGUAGUACUGUAAAACUCUUAGUCAAUGUUAUUUACGGUAGGCCUAAUCAAACAAACGCAUCAAACCAAAAUGACAAAUUAUUUCAUGAUUACUGAAUCCAUUACAAACAUUAAACCUAACAUUUCAUACUUCUAUGCUUCAAUAAUGGAUAUGCUAUUUUUCUGUUUAUUUUAUAAAAUGUAGGAAAAUUUAAUAUUGGUGCAAAACCACAACAAGAACAGUUUGAAAGCCGGGAAUGAGCAAUCUAUUGCACUUAAUUCUUUUGGGUUUUAUGAUGCGUGACGUGGACAUGGGUGGGUGUUUUUCUUCUCCAAACGGACAUGAUAAAAGCACACUGCUUCUUGCGCUGGCCUACUUUACUUCAUAAAGAGGAGAUACUGUCAGCACGUCCAUCAGCCCCGCAACUACAAGAAAUGCAAUAUAACAGGGACCUAGACACUGUUGUGACCAUCGUCAACCCUGUGGAGCAUCCCAGAGACUAUGUGGUAUGGUCCAUCUUCAGCAUCUUCUACGGAAACCCCUUUUGCCUCGGACUGGCGGCGCUGAUCUUCUCAAUCAAGGCAAGGGACAUGAAGGUGACUGGAGACCUGCAGAGAGCCAGGGGAUACAGCAAGUGGGCUCUGGGCCUCAACGUGGCCGCGCUGAUCAUUAUUGUUUUGAUUGUCCUUUGUCUUAUGAUUAUCCUUGAGAAGAAUCGCUUUGAGCACAACAACCGCAAUGGAUAUCCUUAUGGGAGUGGCUAGGAACAUGACUCUACCAAUGUCAAGAAGUUAAUUGCCCCUAUGCCAAAAACAAUAAUGAAGCUGAAUUUAAUUAAAUUACCCAGUAAUGCACUUUGUAACCAUCAACACAGCAAAAUAAAUAUUAGUCGUUAUUUUAAGCCACCUUUCAGAAAUAAGUGGAUUCGAAAAUAGUUUCAGCAGCCGCCCAAGCGAGCUCUCCAAGUUAAUGAUGCAUAGUCCUUAAAAUAACCGAUGGGUAGACCACCAAUGCACUUGAUGACAGUAGUCCAGAUGCAGCGGAAGACCAUUAUCGUUAAGGUUUUAAUUUAAUUUAGGCCUUUAUUAUAAUUAGAAAUUGAAUCGGGGCAAGAAAUGCCAAAAAUAGCCUCAUACUUUUUCUAGAUCUUGCAACAUUAAGGCACUUAAUUUGAAUGAGUCUGGGUCUUGGACUGAAUGUACUGAAUGUUACUACACUUUGCAUAAAAGCUUCAGCUAAAAUAAAUGUUUCACAAUGUAACAUGGUUUUAAAUAAUACAUGCGCUAUUUGUGAUCCAAUGUAAUGGUAUUUUACAUAACGGCUUCAGCUGAGUCAGAGAAUGAGAGGGAGAUGGAGGCUGGUUCGACGGCGGUCGUGGCAGGGCCCCAUGCAGGGCCUAGGACAGGUCUAGCAAUGCCACUGCAAAGGUCUUUAUGAGUUAUUAUAUGCAAAUUAGUUAUUUCAACUGUGGACAUGCAGCAUUACAAUGACAAGCUGUAAGCAGUGACUACGCUUACAUGAAAGUAACAUCAUGACAAUGUGUCCGCAUUUGAGCCUCAGACCGAAAAUUAUGUGACAAAACAGUAGUUAUCCUUUAACAAAGACGCAUUCUGAAUGGAAAUACAUCAGAGGAACCAUCAGGCGUCUUUCCUGAGCAAAAGACAGAGUGUUGCUCUCCGAAAGAUAGGUUUCCACCCACGGCAGGGCAGGGACAGACAGACAGACAGAGGAGAGGAGGCUACAGAAGCAGAGAUUGGAACAGACAGGAGCAAGGACGAGACAGAGUGAACAUUUGGAAGGAAAGGCCCCUUCAGGACCCCGACCCCAAAAACGACAGGUGUCCCAUUCAUUUUUUUUAUACACAAAAUACUUAAUUAUUAUAUUACAAUUUUCAGUUACAAGAUUAAUUCUAAUUGAAUUACUUCUGCUUCACAGUACCGUAAUACAUAUAUAUUUUAAAUGUAACUAUUAACACUUUUUUACCAUUAAAGAUGUAAUCAAAUCUGGAUUCUGCACUCAGCGUAUUGUAAAACAAUAAAGUAUAAACAAAAACG